AUGUCUCUCAAGGUGAUCCUCGUAGCGUGUGUGGCCGCGGUAGCUUUGGCCGAUAAAGCUCCUGUACAUCUACCACCUGUUUAUGUACCCACGUACCACGCUCCCGAACCAGUGUACAAUGCCCCUGCACGCUACAAGGAGCCAGAGUACCCAACCAUCGUCAACUACGUGGACAAUGGCGACGGUCUUGUAGCUGAGGUCACUUACGAGGGCGAGGCUCAGUACCCCGAGUACAAGCCCACCUACAAACCCGCUCCUUACCACGCUCCCCCCAAGUACCCCGUGUACUAA